AUGCGUAGCUACUUGGGGGGCGCGGGCCCGGCCGCUCCCGCAUGCGCAGUGAGCUCUGUGUCAGGCGUCACCAAGCCCGGUCGCUGGCGCCUCGCUCCCCGCUCGCUUGCGCAGACCCGGCGCCGGCGGUGGCGGCCGGCGACUCGGCGCGAUUCCUCCUGGGCGGCCGUGGCCCGCGCCCCGCGGCAUGCGCCGGUGACCGAGCGCGGGGCCGAGCGGGAAGCAACCGUGGCCGAGGAGCGUGAGGAAGAGGCUGCCUGUGUCAUUAUGUGUGCGUCGGUCAAGUACAAUAUCCGGGGUCCUGCCCUCAUCCCAAGAAUGAAGAGCAAGCACCGAAUCUACUACAUCACCCUCUUCUCCAUUGUCCUCCUGGGCCUCAUUGCCACUGGCAUGUUCCAGUUCUGGCCGCAUUCCAUCGAGUCCUCCAGCGACUGGAGCGUGGAGAAGCGCAGCGUCCGGGACGUGCCGGUGGUCAGGCUGCCCGCCGACAGCCCCAUCCCCGAGCGGGGCGAUCUCAGCUGCAGGAUGCACACGUGCUUUGACGUCUACCGCUGUGGCUUCAACCCAAAGAACAAAAUCAAGGUGUACAUCUACUCUCUGAAGAAGUACGUGGAUGACUUUGGUGUCCCAGUCAGCAACACCAUCUCCCGGGAGUAUAACGAACUGCUCACGGCCAUCUCUGACAGUGACUACUACACCGAUGACAUCAGCCGCGCCUGCCUGUUCGUCCCGUCCAUCGACGUACUUAACCAGAACACGCUCCGCAUUAAGGAGACAGCACAAGCCUUGGCCCAGCUCUCUAGGUGGGAUCGAGGUACAAACCACCUGCUGUUCAACAUGUUGCCUGGAGGUCCCCCCGAUUAUAAUACAGCGCUGGAUGUCCCCAGAGACAGGUAACUGUAUUUGGAGUUGUCCCUGUGAGGGGUUUCUGAGGAUCAAGGAAAUACAAGACCCUUUCCUUCCUGUGAAGUCAUUUUCUU